AUGAAGGAAAACGCCGUACUUAAGUGGCAAAAAGUUUACAAUCCUACCGGCCCGCAACCCCGACCUCGCCAUGGCCAUCGCGCGGUCGCCAUAAAAGAUUUGAUGAUAGUUUUCGGCGGCGGAAACGAAGGGAUAGUUCAUGAGCUUCACGUCUUCAACACCACUACAAACCAAUGGUUUGUUCCUGUAACCAAGGGAGAAGUGCCUCCAGGAUGCGCCGCGUACGGCUUCGUGGUCGACGGAACGCGUCUCCUCGUUUUUGGCGGCAUGGUGGAGUACGGCAAGUAUUCUAAUGAUCUGUACGAGUUACAAGCCUCACGAUGGGAAUGGAAGCGUCUCAAGCCCCUUCCUCCCAAGCAGGGCCUCCCGCCUUGUCCCCGCCUUGGUCACAGCUUCACACUUCUAAAUGGAAAAGUAUACCUUUUUGGUGGAUUAGCCAAUGAGAGCGAUGACCCCAAGAAUAACAUCCCAAGGUACCUAAAUGACUUGUAUACAUUAGAGCUGUACCCUAAUUCUUCUAUGACAGUAUGGGAUAUACCCCUGACUUAUGGACAAUCGCCCCCGCCACGCGAAUCCCACAGUGGUGUGUCAUACACGGACAGAAACAGUGGGAAAUCAUCUCUAAUCAUUUAUGGAGGCAUGAGCGGUUCGCGCCUGGGAGACCUGUGGGUCCUUGACGUGGACAGCAUGUCAUGGUCCCGCCCUGAAGUUGGUGGGCCACCACCCUUGCCCCGCUCUCUGCACACAGCUACAGUCAUCGGCCAUCACAUGUAUGUCUACGGGGGCUGGGUACCUCUUGUGCCUGAUGAGUCUAAACUUGCCACUCAUGAAAAGGAAUGGAAGUGUACCAACACACUAGCUUCACUGAACCUAGAGUCUAUGACAUGGGACAACAUUGCUUUGGACAAGUUUGAAGAGUGUGUUCCUCGAGCUCGAGCAGGACACAGUGCUGUUGCCAUUCAAACUAGACUAUAUAUCUGGUCAGGAAGAGAUGGAUACCGAAAAACUUGGAACAAUCAGAUUUGCUGCAAGGACUUGUGGUACUUGGAAGUUGGAGUACCACCACAGGCAAACCGAGUAGCCCUAGUUCGUGCAGGAACUACUUCACUAGAGUUGUGCUGGCCAGCAAUGAACACAGUAACAACUUUUUUGCUUCAAGUACAGAAAUGUGGCAAGGUUACUCCUGCACGUUUCCCAACUGCCGCCGAACCUCUGGCGGCACCACCGCCAGCAUCGCCAGUAGCCAGCCAACCUGAUGCUAAUAAGGCAUUUGGUAUCACGUCUCCCGUCGCUAGCGGCCUUCCUCCAGCCGCCGAGCCCGCUCGUGCGACACCUACAGUCGCCUCUCCGGCACCGACGCCAAUCACAACAUCAACUCCACAGAAGAUUGUUCCGACUCCUAUCAAGGUACCCGCGCAAGCUGCAGUUAAAAUCACACCAAACACCCCGACAAUCAAACAAGCUACGUAUCAGGCAAAGACAGUAGUGAAGUCACCUGCAACAGCUACGGCGGGCUCCUCGCAACAGAUCAAGGUCGCUGCAGUGACGCCAGGAGUCACCAGGAUCGUUAGCGGGGUCGGCACGCCUAGUACCGUACGCGUCUCCACCUCACAACCCAACACGCAGAUCGUGCUGAGCUCUGCCACGGCUGGUGGCGGCUCCACGCCGCGCUUCGUUCAAGUGAAAACAGGCACAAGUGGAGCUGUACCAGUCAAACUUGGAGCCGGUAAUAUGCCAGUCAAACUUGCCGGUAAUGCCCUAAAAAUAGGUACUGCCAACCUCCAAGGCAAGAUUACUACAAACAGCGUACAGAAAGUUGGCCAAGUAGGCGGUUCAAACGUACCGUUGAAAUUAGGCGCAGGGAAUGUUAAAAUCGGUACAAGCAAUGUACUGGUAAAGACAGCUGGUGGCGUUCCAAUCCAAGCUGGAGUAGCCAAUCUCCAAACAAAAGUGGCGGCAGGAGUGCCUGUGAAACUAGGUGCAGGCAAUUUACCCGUCAUAGCGAGCAGCGGGGGCGCGAUACAGAUCGCGGGCAGUGCGCUCGGCGGUCAGCAGGUAAAGACGCCUGUCUACAAGAUCGUGACUGCAAAAUCUAGCGACCAAACUGCGACGUCAACUACGAGUGCGGUAGCGGGUGGUGCCACUGUACUGCGGCAAGCAGGCGGUAACGCUGGUAUACCAGUUAUCAUCAAGAAAACGCCUGGCGCAAAUGCGCAAUCGAGUAAUGCACCUCAAUACGUGACGCUGGUGAAAACAUCGACAGGCAUGACAGUGGCGACCAUGCCUAAGGUGGCUAUGAUGCAGAACCGGCCGGCAGCCCCAGCGACGGCGGCGCAGGCGCAGAGCAUCGCGCCCGGCGCCACAAUCGUGAAACUGGUAUCGACGAACACGGUCGGCGGCAACAAGAUCAUAACGCUACCAUCCAACAUGCUGCAGCUGGGUAAGUCCGGCGUGGGCGGUAAGCAGACCAUUGUGAUCACCAAAUCGGCGAACCAGGCGGCGCAAUCCAACCAGCAGCAGUGA